GGUCGCGGGGCAACGGGCCGCGUCCCGGGCUGAGGCCAUGGAGGAGGCGCCGCCGAGCCCCCGCGUCUUCCUCAACCACCUGGACUCCUACUGCGGCCGCAACAUCGGCGAGUAUUUAUCCAGUUGUGUUGUUGGGGCGACCCUUGAAAGCCCAGAAGAAGAAGAGGAGGGAGAUGAAAAUUAUUCAGUUUUUGAGGAUUCCACAGACCCAAAGCGGCAAGUCUAUGAAAUAGUGGGUACUCUUUCCAAGCCAGAGAGUACUUGUCCACGUUUUGCAAAGGAAACUUACGCAGUCUCUUCUCAAAAUGAACUCUUAAGCCACUUGCUUGAGUGUGAAAUUGUUUUAUAUAACAUCACUGAGGAUGCAAACCAAAUUGAGGAAGCAAUGUGGGCUGCUUCUGCCCUACAUGCAGAAAUAGAGACUUUUGCAAAACGAAAGGUAUUCAUCCUCAUUUCAACAAUAAUGACCUGGGGAAAUAGCAAACCCCCUAACCCUGAGAAUCCUGAGAUUGCUUUUAAUGAUGAAGAUUUUCGCAAAAGAAAAUCUCAUCCUAGCUUUAUGGAUUACAUAAAUGCUGAAAAACACAUUGCAAAACUUGGGAGAACUAACAAAAAAAAGUUUUUAACUUACACUGUUGCCUCAGGACAUCAAUAUGGAGCUGAGGAAGGACUCUUUCACUACUUUUUUAAGAUGUGUUGGCUUGGUGAGACUCCUGCAAUACCUGUUUUUGGAGAUGGAAACAAUAUUAUUCCAACCAUUCAUAUUCGUGAUUUAGCAGUAGUGUUGCAAAAUGUAGCAGAGCACAAGCCAGACUUGCAGUAUGUACUUGCAGUAGAUACAUCGAUGCACACACUUGGAGAGAUAGUAAAGGGUAUCAGUAAAAAUAUUGGACCAGGAAAAAUUGAGAAGGUUCCUAAAGAAAAUGCAUUCCUGAGCAAAGAGCUAACACAAAUGCAAUUGGAUAUGUUGUUUGUGAACCUGCGAAUGGAACCUCUGUAUGUGAAAGAGAAUUUCAAUGUUAAGUGGGUUGCUGAGGCAGGACUGAUAGAGAACAUUGCACAAGUCAUCAUGGAAUACAAGCAAACUCGAGGAUUAAUGCCUCUCAAAGUUUACAUUCAUGGUCCUCCCGGGUCUGGCAAAUCUACCAUUGCUAAGGAGCUCUGCAAACACUACAAGCUACAUUAUGUUUGGAUAAAUGAUGUGAUUUCUGAAAAAAUUGCAGAUCUGGAGAGAAUUAUGGCUAAGGAAGCUGACAGGGUGGAAGAAAAAGCAAAAGAAGGAGAAGGAGAAGAAGAAGGAGAAGGAGAAGAAGAUAAUGAACAGGAGGAGGGUGAAAAUAUAGAAGCAGCAAAGGAAUUAUUAGAUGAAAUAAAAGAAAACAUGGAGCAGAAUAACGGCCAUCUAGACGAUGAGUUUCGUAUUAAAAUUAUGAAGGACAAGCUCAUGUCUAUGCCUUGUAGGAAUCAGGGAUAUGUUUUAGAUGGGUUCCCAGAGACCUAUGAACAGGCAGUUGAUCUUUUUAAAGAAGAUGAUGAAGCAGAAGGAGAAGAAGAAGAGGAAGAAGCGAAAGGCAAAAUGCCUAAAUUUAAUCAAAUAAUCAUACCUGAAUUUAUUUUUUCUUUGACUGCAUCUGAUGAAUUCCUUACAAACAGAAUAAUAAAUCUUCCAGAGAUGAAAGUUGCUGGAACUCGUUAUACUGAGGACCAGUUCCUGCAAAGUCUGACACGCUUCCGCAAGAUAAAUACCGAUGAUAUGACGGUUCUCAACUAUUUUGAUGAACUUGAAAUACAUCCUCAGUUUAUUGAUAUAGCUGUGUAUGAAGAUCCUGAGAACAGCCUUACUGUACCAAAGAUCAUCAAAGAAAUUGGAGAACCUCGGAAUUAUGGCUUGACAGAUGAAGAAAAGGAGGCUUUGGAACGCCAAGCAGCUGAGGAACGCCUUGUCAAAGAAGCUCAAGAAAAAGCUGAACAGGAGUAUAAAGAAGCUAAGGAAAGGGAAGAAAGAAUGGCAAGAUGGGAAGAGUGGAAUAAACAGCAAGAGGAAGUGAAAAAACAAGAACUAGAGUUAUUGGAGGCUCAGUCUGUUCCACUACGAAACUAUUUAAUGAAGAAUGUCAUGCCAACACUUAUGCAAGGGAUAAAUGAGUGCUGUAGGAUCAGGCCAGAAGAUCCAGUCAAUUUUUUGGCAGAAUAUAUCUUCAAGAACAGUCCUGAUAUAGACUGGAAUAAGCAAUGUUAAAUCCUAGAAGCAAUGGGAAUUGUGAAACAAAAAGGGAGAAAAUUCCAAUACAUUUCAGAUAAAAAUACUGAGUUUAUGAUGUUAUUUUUGUUGAGGCUUACUAUGAAAUCUUCAUUUUUAUUUCUCAUACUUCAUUACUAUUUUGUACUGGGUUUUAAUACUCUUUUUCAUCAUCUCCAUUUGUUGCAUGUAUUGAUUGACACACUUCCACGUCAGUAUAUUAUUUUCCUAAUCCUUAGUGAAUGUAGGCUAGCCUGAGAAAAUCUUUUAUCAAAAAAAAAAAGUGUUUCUACUGAAAAAGGAAAUAAAUAAAAGCAGCAAGCUCUCUUAUUUCCCCUCCCAGCUACAAAGAUGCAAAAAGUCACACAAUACAGUCAUCUUAUGCUGCACUGAAGAUUGACUAGUAGUUUCCCAGCACAGGUAUGUCAUAAAACCAGUGUUUCACUUUGGUGUUAAACACAUGGCUGUAGAACUCAUUUAAUAAUCUUCAGCAUUAAACACUAGAUACUUAUUUUUUUCGAGAUUCUUGAAGAAUGUAGACUUUCCAGCACAUGGCUGUCCUUCUCAAUUUUGUUGACUUCAUGCAGCUGUUACAGGAACUGUAUCUAUACUGACUGAGCUGAAACUGAUAUUUGGUGUACAGCUUGGUGUAAAAUACAGGAUUUUGUCAAAAUAGAAGGCAAGGACCCUUUGUGCAAAAGGAGGGGGACAAAAAGCAGAAGAGUUGAUAUAGAUAUAAUGAUACAGAAACAUUUUACAGCUAUUUUGUCUGUAACUUUGAGUAUCAGAAUUUUGGAUGUGUUAGUGACCAAAGUUUUCAUUCAGAUAUAUUAGUGUUUUUAUAGAAUAUCUUAUUUCUUCUGUUUUCAUAGUGACAGAGACAAGUCAGGAAUAGAGCUCAGAACCAUCUCCGACUCUAAAGAAACACAUAUUUUUGUGAUCUGUAUGUCCUAUAUGCUGUCAGCCCAAGUCACUAUUUGUACUGUGAGGCAGUUGAAGGUGAAAUAAUUGGCAGCUUUAGACAAUUUUUUAGUUUGAAAGGGCCAUUUUUCAGAAUAAAGAUGAAAGCCGGACACUUGAAAAGAGAGAGU